AGGGCAAGACGUGAGAACAGUGAGCCAUGACGUUGUAGAUAUCAGCACUGAUCUUGGUAACAUGAGUAUUGAUCAGCUGAAGGAGAGUUAUCUAGAUGACAGAACUGGGAACAUACUGGCCCCUAACAGAGACAAUACCCAGCAACAACUUGAGACCAAUAAACAAGAUAAACUGUCUGUAACGAGCAAUGGUAAUGGUCGUGAGCCUAAAGUUAAUAAGCUGAAAUUAAGCAAGUCAUCAAGUGCUUCUAAAUGCGAUGCUGCCUCUGUUGGUAAAAGUAACCCAGUGUUGAGUAGGUCAGAAAAGUCAGAGAGCGCUCUGCAGAAAAAUAAAAAUGAUGUCAACGACAACAGUACCAGAAAAGAUCCUAAUGUUGAAUCACAGCCAUUAGCAGAGUAUAUACAGCAAAAGACAGGUAAAAGCUUGUCUCUUGAAGUAGUAAAGUUACCAAAAGAAAGGAAAGAGAAAGUUGUUCAUUCUCAGAAGCCACUGGUUAUUGAUUUGACAGAAGAUGAAAACAUACCUGCACCUGUUAUAAAAAGCACCAGUCAGGAGAAGUCCUUUAAGAAUCCCAUAGAAGCUACCAAAGAGACUUCAGAUCAGGCUAUAAAGCCUAAUGAAAAUGUAUCAGAAUCAUCUAAGCCAAUCAAAUCUGCAAUGCCACUGAAUAAUAAUGCAAAUCAGCCAAUGAAAUCGUUUGAAGCAUUAAGCAAGCAGGCUGGUCAGUUUGAGACUGGUUCACAUCAGGAAAAGCUUGGACAGGGUAAACAGUGGACACAGGCAAGGACCCAGUCUACUGGGCCAGCUCAGCAGGCUGGUUUCAAACCUGCAACAUCCCUGAUGCACCAGUCUCUCCAGGCUGAUAUCCAGGCACGCAAUGAGCUGGCAAAGAAGCUUGAAAAGCAAAAGGCCUUGGUAGCAACAGUAAAGAUGUCCCAGCUUCCGGACAAGGGUGAGAGGCUGAUGUCAACAGUGGAAACUAUGGCAACCACUCUAGCUGACCUUGAUCACAAGCUGAAGGUCAAGGUCGCUCAGCUAAACAGUCAGAACGUUGCCUCAGCGAAUAGUGAAGGUUCAGUCAGUUCAGCACCCAACCCACACCAGUCGUCACAGACUGUUCCCAAACAGCCCCAGGUGAUCCGGGUCUACCCGGUGGGACCGUAG